AUGCCAGAUUCUACAUUCUUGGCAUUGUACAACAACUUCCGACUUCACUUCACCGAUCGCCAUCUCUUGGAGUAUGCAGUAAAGAAUGGCAACAUGUUGAUGGUUCAGACAUUCCUCCAUCAGACACAUCCAGUGCAGUUCAAGCGUGGUGGCCAUCAGUUGUUGAAGGAUGCCGUCUCAAACGGAUCAUUCGAGGUAUUCAAGUAUCUGAUUGAUUCCGGUCUGUUUGACAAUCAGUGGUUGGUCGAUGGCUAUUCAAACAUAGCAUAUAAUGUCUUUAACUCAACUCCCAGCAUAGUUCGCAUGGUACUUGACCCAAACAACUUCCCCAAAGACCUUGUCGACAAGUUAAUAUCACUCAUUCCCGUCUACGUCAACAAUAUAUUUGACAUGAAUGAUGAGAGUCUUGUAAUAGAGUUGAUGCCAAGUGAGCUACCAGCAUUCAAAUCACAUCAGCAGCAACGCAUCACAGCUCCAGCUCCUGCUCAUAACGAUCCAAAUGCCUACGAACUGCCAUUUGCUCCACAUGAUGAGUUCUUCAUCAGGCUUUCAAGGGAGCUCAUCGCCAAGUCGAUGAACUCUGCUCAAUCAAUCCUUGCCAGGAUGGAUGAUAAUGAUUCAAGACUUGAUGGGAUCACACUCACCGACUCAAUGAGUGAUGAGGACAGGCUUCAAUAUGGCUGUGUGCGAGAGUAUCUGCGCAAGUAUGAACACCCAUAUCAACUCAUGCGCCACUAUCUCCCCUUUGGAGACUGCAUGCUCAUUCCUUACUUUAUGGAUGUGCUCUAUCACACGAUAGAUGGCAAAACCAUCGAGUCAUACACAUUGGUGAUCAGCAGGAUGUUGGCUGAUAUUGUAGAGGUUGGAACGGCCACCCAAACACGUAUAGUCUACGAACAUCUUGAUGCCAUACUAUUGGAGCACUACCCUGAGCAGUCAUACAAGACCAACGACCAAUAUAUCAGAGAUAGACUGUUUGGUGGUGAGCUGUACCACUCAUUCAUCAUUUCAAAGAACAGUGUCAAGAGCUUGGAGGUCGUCAAAUACCUCAACAGCAUCAAGGCCAUUCAGAAGAGCACAUUGGUGGGACACUGGACAAUCUGGGACUCGGAGUACACUGGCACACUACCAAUGUUGGAGUUCCUCAUCUCGCAAGACAACAUUAUAUUCCCAUCAAGUCUGUUGGUAAAGAUGAGGUUCAAGGUGUUCAAACCAUCAUGGCUGGAGUUGGUGCUCAAGAACAAACCGGAUAUGAUUGGACCAGAGAUGUCGAUGGUCAUGGCCAACUUGGCGGCGGCAAGUGGUCGUCUUGACAUCCUGAAUUUAUUGUUGGAGUAUAAAAUGGAUACUCUCAAAGAGCAUUCCAAUCACAUAUUGGAUUAUUGGACUCCUUGGCAAUGUUGCAUUGUUGGAUUAUUCUUUGGAUCAUUGUGGUGA